GGAAGCUGGCCUCCGGACUCAAGUGAGGAAUGGCAAAGCCAGCCCGUGGAGAUGGCUCUCUGCCAGGCUUCGUCAUGCUCCUCUUCCUGCAGAUGCUGCCCACUGGCCAUGGGAAAGCGGACUUCUACGUCCUUGCACCCCAAGACCCCCUCCUGGCGAUUGUGGGGGAGGACACAGAGCUUCCGUGCAGCCUCGCCCCCAGCAUCAGCGCCCAGGGCAUGGAGCUGAGGUGGUACCGGGAGCAGCCCACGCCAGCCGUGCACGUGCGUGUGGGCGGGAGGGACGCCCAGGAAGAGCAGAUGGUGGAGUACCGGGGGAGGACGGCGCUCGUGAGCGGCCUGGACUGGGGUGUGGCCGCCCUGAGGAUACACAACGUCACCACGUUUGACAAUGGGACCUACCACUGCCUUUUCAAGGAGCACACGUCCUACAGCCAUGCCACCCUGUGGCUGAAGGUGGCAGGGCUGGGCGCAGCCCCUCAAAUCCAAGUGAUUGACAAACAGGACCAAGGCAUCUGGGCAACGUGCAGCUCAGCAGGCUGGUACCCAGAGCCCCGGGUGGAGUGGAGGGACCUCAGAGGACAGACGCUGCCUGCUGUGAUCCGCGUCUCCGUCUCAGCCGCCACAGGCCUCUUCGGCGUGGUGUCCAGUGUAGCCCCCCAGGACAGGGCUAUAGACGGUCUGACCUGCUCCAUCUCCAACCCUCUCCUCUCUGAGAGUAAAGUAGCUGCGAGGCGCCUGCCCUGUGAGUAUUCUGUGCCAUUCUGUCUUCACAAUCACUGCGCGCCAUGCCCACGGCCCUGCACCCCGGGGACGCGGGAGGGGCUUGUACUGCCCGGGGCAGCCGGGUCUGGUCAGCUGGCCCUGUCCACAGCCCUGCUGGGGACUCGGUGA